AUGGAACACCAAAUAGCGACGCCACGCUUGCCGUAUGUGGUAACGACCCAUAUGUUUACGACAACGGAUAUGCCGUGUGUAACGACUACGAUAACUACUUCUAGGUCGUCAAAGCCAUCAACAAUUGUGAUUUUAGAAAAGCAUGCAACAAGAAUGGCGCACCUGGAGACUCUAGUUGUAGAGCCAAGGUUGGAGUUCUCAAGGCAUAGGAUGGUACUCGGUCCUCCAUCCCAAGAUGGCGCUUGA